CGCACGUGUGUGACGAGUUGUUCAGCUGAAAUGUACUGCCUUGCGCAGCGCAGGAGAUCAGCCGUGACUUCAGACUGUGAAAAGCCAGUCUGGAGAAUUUGUUUGAUAUGUUCUUGCUGCUCGCUGCACUUUUCUCCUGUUGUUUCCAUUUCAUAGGAGACAUUGGAUUUGACACGCAGAGAAGACCCUUGCUUUGGGAAGUUCUUGGAGAUGGAAGAAAUUGGGAACUUGCAAGCUGAAAUCAAUGAGACAAAACUGAAAAUUGAAAUUCUGCGGUUGGAGAAGGAGACAGCGGACAUUGCUCACCCUUUUUACUUACGCAAAAAAUGUGAGGUUCUGCAAGGUAUGAGCAGACACUUGGAAGCCAUACUGAGAUGGAAGGAGGCUUUUAGGAAGAGAUUGCUGAAGCCCAGAUGUCAAGAGAGCCUGCCUAUUGAGGCCACUUUCCACAAGGAUGUAGUAGAGUUGUUGAAGGAGGCUGUGACUUUCAUUGAGAAACUUGAAAGCCAUUUGGAGACUCUAAGAAGCAUCCCUCAGAUACCGAACAUGAUGAAGAAUAUGGACACUGCUUUGGCAAAAACAGAGGUGCUUGUGAUGGAGUUGGACGAGCUGGCAGAUGAAAUAUUGAAAUGGAGGGAACGACAAAAAGAAGUGUAUUCUGACAGCAUCUGCAAUACUGCUGAUUUGGACUUUGGCUUAUCUUCAACAAAUAAUUUUCCUCAAAUAGCAGGGCUAUUCAGUGAACUACCUUCUUACGGUCUUGGGUGA